AUGGCGCAAAAAUGUGUACAUCAAUCUUGUACAAAGGUUUAUACUGAUCCUGAGGAAGACUGUCUGUACCAUCCUGGACCACCGGUUUUCCAUGAGGGUCAAAAAGGUUGGAAAUGCUGCAAACCCCGCGUCCUAACUUUCGACGAAUUCCUCGCCAUUCCACCCUGCACAACUGGUAAACACAGUACCACAGAUCACCCACCUCAGGUAGAGAAGAAACCAGCUCCAGAUGUAUCUGAAGCUUCAGCGCCCUCUCCUUCUCCCGAACCUGCUAGAGCACCAAUUGCGCCAGCUCCUCAAGCUACAGCUACCCCUCCUCCCCCAGCACCAGAAUCCGAGGAUGAUGAUGCGUCGCUAGAAAUUCCAGUGGGUAAAACUUGCAGGAGGAAAGCUUGCGGUCAGCAAUAUGAGGGAAAGAGUAGAGAGGGGGAGAAAUGUGUAUUUCAUCCCGGUGUGCCCAUUUUUCAUGAGGGUAGUAAGGGAUAUACUUGCUGCAAAAGGAGAGUUUUGGAGUUUGAUGAAUUUAUGAAAAUUGAGGGUUGUAAGACCAAGGGUUCACAUUUGUUCAUUGGUAGUGGUGGGAAGGGGAAGGCGAAGGAGGGGGGUGAGGAGAUUUUGGACACGGUUAGACACGAUUUCUACCAAACAGCAACCUCUGUCAUCGCCUCAUUCUUCCUCAAAAAGAUCAAGAAGGAGGAUGCAGUCGUAUCCUUCUCCGCCCCUCAAGAACUCACUCUCGAUCUUCCUACCACAGACGCAGUUCCCAAACGCUAUAAGACUAUAGUUCCGCUCUUUGGCGCAAUCGAUACAGAAGCAUCGUCAUUCAAAAUUAUGGGCACAAAGUUGGAAGUUACAUUGAUGAAGGCUGAUGGUGCUAGUUGGCCAGUGUUGAGAAGUGAUGAGCAGAGGACGGGCGAAAUUAUACAGGUUGGGAAGGCGGGGAGAGCGGUUUAG